AUGUUCAGCUUAUGCAUUAGAUUAUUUCAAAUAUAUUUGACAAUAGGGAUUUUCAUCACUUUGAACAAACAGAAAUUAAUACAAGCUGUACCAAGUCAAAUCUACGCUAAAGAAGGUGUGAAAUUUUCAGAACCAUGUCCUGAAGAAAAUUACAGAUACCAUAAUGCCACUGGAUAUUUUAUGUGUGUCGUUGAAACAGCUAAAAUAUGUCUGGAGUUGUGUCAACAAUUAAAAUGUAAUGAUCGGUAUUUUAUGAGUGUAAUUCCAUCAAAAAGUGAUAAAAGCAAACGUAGUUAUCGUUGUCGUUGUUUUCCAGAAUAUAGUGUUUGCUUUUAUAAUCCAUUACCGAAAAGUUACAUGAUAAUGAAACAUAAUAAUAAUUAUAAUUAUAAUUGA